AAAAAAAUUGUAUGAUACAACCAUAUACAGAAAAGCAAACACAACAAAGUCUUCCACCAAACCUUUGAAAGAGAAAUGCUUACAUAACACCUUCACCAACCACAAGAAGAAGAAAAACAAGAAUUCAGAAUUCAAAAACAAUUUCACAAGACACAAACAAUCUCUCUCUCCCACAGCCUCAUCUUCAAUUACCAUGAAGCACAGAAAACUCUUUCCAACUGCAAUGAACCAGACAGUGGACUGUUCAGAUAACUUCUGUGACCCAUCAUGUCCAUAUGGUUGCUAUGCUUACCCAGACUAUUACCUUCCACCACCAUCACCACCGCCGCCGCCGCCGCCCCUUUCAGACGGAAAAGACCAAUUCAUACCAACCUACAUCAUCAUCUUAGUCUCAGUGCUGGCCAGCUUCUUCCUUCUGAUCAGCUACUACGCGAUCAUCGUCAAGUACUGCUCCAGAUGGAACCGUUUUAGGCCUCCACCAACCCAAUCAGACGGCCAGGAGGAAGAGUUUCUCGACGAGAAUCAUGGGCCACCAAUUGACCACCCUGUCUGGUACAUCAACACCAUUGGUCUCCAACCAUCAAUCAUCAAUUCCAUCACAGUCUUCAAGUACAAAAAAGGCGACCCUUUGAUUGAAAGCACAGAUUGUUCAGUUUGUUUGAGUGAGUUUCAGGAAGAUGAUACACUUAGAUUACUACCCAAAUGCAAUCAUGCAUUUCACAUCCCUUGUAUUGAUACAUGGUUGAGAUCACACACCAAUUGCCCACUUUGUCGUGCCGGGAUAGUACCAAACACUGUGACGACUCCUUCAAAUGACCAGUCUGGUUUUGAUUUGAGUCAAAAUGGAGAUGCCCAUAUGAUGAAUUUGGAGGGUGAUGGUGACUUGGGUAACAUUCCCAAUUCACUCAAUGAUAGUGAGGUUUGUGAGAACAGAGUUGGAACAGAGGAUGAAGUUGAAUCAACACAAGUGGAUGAUCAAAGAAAGGGCUUUCCUUUCUUUGAUCAUUCAAAGGAGAUUGUGAAUUCUCAUGGGUAUCUGGAUGAUAAGAAUAUGGUUAUGGAGGAUGAGCAACAGGUGAGAAGGUCUGUUUCAAUGGACUUGUCAUGUGCUGCUGCAACAAUUGGUGUUGAUGUAGAAAAAUCCGAGUCGAGUUUUGUUUGGAAGAGAGAUGGUGCAAAUUCAAGCUUGAAUAGAGUGGUAAAUAGUUCUUCAAUUGCACAGUCUCCGCAUGCAAGUCGUGUUUCAAUGAAGAGAUCAUUUUCUUGCAGUGGGGGGUCAUUUUUAUCGCGGCAUAGUCCGAGCCCAAGUUCCAUUUUUCCCUUGUAAAGCUACUGUUGAGCUCUGAUGCAUGUAUAGAUUUAGAUGUCUGCAGUAUAGAGAUGUUUUGAGCACUUUCAAUAAGUUGGGAAGAUGCUCUGUUACAUGUGUCUACAAACAUGUAUGUAGUAGAAGUAAUGAAAUGCUACACUGUGUACAGAGGAAAUAAGAUGAGCUCCAAAGAGAAGUCUGCUUGGAAGAAUAAAUUUUGGUUCAUAUGUGCAAUUUGAGUGUUCGAGGCCGGGGAAAUAUUAUAUGUGUGCGCGUUUGCUUGGGAAAUAUUAUAUGUGUGCGCGUGUUUGCUUGAACUUUUCGGGAGAAGAAAAAAUUGUGUCUGUACCACAAAUGAAAAAAUACUGGAUUUUCAAAGCCAAUUGGCUUAGAUAUGUUGUUAUUAUGUGGUAUUUUGACACACACAAACACACACACAUAUA